UGUUGUGUUUGUGCAGUCGUUGUUUUAAAUCUGCCUUCUUAUGGAUCUGAUCAGUGCUUGUGAACGGGCCAUGACUCAUGUAGGUUUCGACGCCAUAGUGGCAGACCUGGUCUCCAUGUCCACUAAUGUCACCGCAGUGGGAUCACCGGGUAUGUCUGUGUCAACCACAGCCCUAAUCCUGGUCGUCUGCCUGCUGCUGGUCGCAUGGAGCCACACAGACAAGAACACUGUACCAGGUCCUUCUUUCUGUCUGGGUUUGGGUCCAUUUCUGUCAUAUGUGAGAUUUAUCUGGACUGGUAUAGGCACAGCCAGCAACUACUACAACAACAAGUAUGGAGACAUUGUCAGAGUCUGGAUCAAUGGAGAGGAGACCCUCAUACUCAGCAGGUCAUCAGCGGUGCACCACGUACUGAAGAAUGGACAUUAUACUUCACGUUUUGGGAGCAAGCCGGGACUCAGCUGCAUCGGCAUGAAUGAGAGAGGCAUCAUAUUUAACAAUAACGUAACUCUGUGGAAAAAGAUACGAACCUUCUUCACCAAAGCCCUGACAGGUCCGGGCUUGCAGCAGACAGUGGAGCUCAGCGUCUCCUCCACACAGACUCACCUGGACCACCUGGACAGUUUGGGUCAUGUGGAUGUGAUCAGUUUGCUGCGCUGCACCAUGGUCGACAUCUCCAACAGACUCUUCCUGGGCGUACCUUUCGAUGAAAAAGAGCUGCUGUUGAAGAUACAGAAGUAUUUUGACACAUGGCAGACCGUGCUGAUCAAACCAGACGUCUACUUCAAGUUUGGCUGGAUUCACCAGAGGCACAAGACAGCAGCCCAGGAACUGCAAGAUGCCAUAGAGAGCCUUGUGGAGCAGAAGAGGAGAGAUAUGGAGCAGGCAGAUAAACUGGACAACAUCAACUUCACCGCAGAGCUCAUUUUUGCACAGAACCACGGUGAACUGUCUGCGGAGAAUGUGAGGCAGUGUGUGCUGGAGAUGGUGAUCGCAGCACCAGACACGCUGUCUAUCAGCCUCUUCUUCAUGCUGCUGCUCCUCAAACAGAAUCCAGAUGUGGAGCUGCAGCUGCUGCAGGAGAUAGACGCUGUUGUAGGCGAGAGACAGCUUCAGAACGGGGACCUUCAGAAGUUGCAGGUGCUGGAGAGCUUCAUCAAUGAAUGCUUGCGCUUCCACCCUGUGGUGGACUUCACCAUGCGUCGAGCCCUGUCUGAUGACAUCAUAGACGGCUACCGGGUACCAAAGGGCACAAAUAUUAUUCUGAACACCGGCCGCAUGCACCGGACAGAGUUUUUCCUCAAACCCAAUGAAUUCAGUCUGGAAAACUUUGAGAAAAACGCUCCUCGUCGUUACUUCCAGCCGUUCGGUUCGGGGCCUCGCGCCUGCGUUGGCAAGCACAUCGCCAUGGUGAUGAUGAAAUCCAUCCUGGUGACGUUGCUCUCCCAGUUCUCUGUCUGCCUCCACGAGGGCUUGACCCUUGACUGCCUCCCACAGACCAACAACCUCUCCCAGCAGCCUGUUGAGCAUCAGCAAGAGUCCGAACAUCUCAACAUGACAUUCUUACCCAGACAGAGAGGAAGCUGGCAAACACUCUGAGACUCUGACCUUACAUUUAUACAGAAUAUAUAUAUAUAUAUAUAUAUAAGUGAUCCUAUUCAUAUACUUCUUUUUUAUUAUCUCAUGACUGUACAAAGCUACGUUUUAUAUUGUGGUAUGUAUUAAGAAUUGUGUUUGUACUUGAACUAUUAUGCAUUAUGUAAAUGUAGCUAGACAUGCUAAUACUGUAAAAAGUAAAUUAUUGUGCCAACAGUAUGUGUUCUUUAUGAGUGAUUUCUAUGAAAGGUGCUAAAUAAAUGUUGUACUUUUAUUACUAAAACACAGAAUUUGAUGAAACACGCAUUUCUAAAAUUAUGUACAUUCAAAAUAAA